AUGCCUGACGUUGAAGACAGUAAACUUGAUUCAAAUGGGUCCAGCAAUCAAACAUCUGCUGAUUCACCAAAGUCAGACAUAAACAUCCAGACGCCUGUAGUAAAAUUAGAUAACAAAAAAGAUCCUGAUGACGCGAAAAAUGAAAAGAAAAAAGUGGCAAAGUCUGUCUUACGCUAUACAAAAGUACAGUUACUGGCAUUACGCGAUAGUCCACUUGUAAAAAAACCAGAUGCUUUACCUCCAAUCAGUGUUUGGUUUGGGGAACAAACAAAGAAAGAAAAGAAAGUUGGUGCUGAUGGAGCUGUGGAGACCGACAAGAGUAAAAAUAAUAAUGCGCUUGGAUCAGAAUUAAAUAAACCAAAAGAUGAUUCAUUAGGAAUUCCAAAGAGUCCUUUACUAGGAGUUUCAAAAAGUCCUAAUGGAUCUGCACCUACAUCUCCUAAGCCAUCAGACAAAAUUGUUCUUGGACCACCAAAAUGGAACUUUGCUUCAUCAUCAGUUGGAGGAUUAAAAGUUGUGGAGGAAAAAACGGCACCAUCAAGGACCGGUAGAUCAGAUGGAAUGCGACAACGUCAAGUAGUAGAAGACCUUUCAUAUAUGCGAACUGGAAAAGACUAUGAACCACGAGCACCACGGGGACCAUCUGGUGGUCGCGGUUUCAUUGGUAGAGAGGCAUUACGAGAACACCGUACUUUGACAGAAAAGACAACGAAAGAAUCAGUUGGACAUACUCACGGAACACAUGGUCGUGGAUUUGGAAACAUGCGGUCUCAUGAUACAAGUAGAAGUAUUCGCCGGGAAGGCAUUGGAGGAAAAGAACAUUCUGGAAGAAAUAUUUCAAGAUAUCAGCAUGUGGAGGAUAGGGAAACUCCUGAAUGGAUGAAUUAUAAUCCGCAGACUGAUGAAGAUACAAAACACUUUGACAACGGUGAAACUAGUGAUAAAACUAUGUUUGACCUUCAAGCCUGGAAGGUACAGAUGAAAGAAAAGGAUAGAGAACAACGAGAACGGAAUGAGAAGGAAAAGACUAAAGAGCGAAAAGAAACAUCAGAAAAAGGUCGAGCGCGGAGUAUUUCGCGAGCCGAUAGUAGUAUAUCUUGGAGGCCAGGAAAUAAAACUGUGCCGACUGAAGAAACUAAUAACGCUUCAAAUAAUAAAGUUACAGAAAUUGUACAGGAAGGAUCGAAGGAAAAAAAUUCAACAAAUUUCGAUGAUUCUUCACCAUCAUUAAAUUUGGCCGAUGUGGACCAACUAUUUGGCCCUGGCGGAAUGGAGUUGAAUGUAAAGGAACACUCAGGUUCAUCGGCUUUUAAUAAAUUUCUUUUUCAGCACGAACUUGCUAUGACCGAAGACAAUGGACCUAAAACCGGAACUGGAUCGCAUAUAGAGACAACAAUUCCUCGAGAGCAAGGGACAUCUCGCUUUGCCAGAUUUUUCUCUCAUAGUACCGAGGAAAAUAUUCAAGAAAAUGACCAUAUGGAAAGACCAUCCACAUUUCAAGUGUCUCCUCAGAAUCUUCCGGUAUCAAACGAAAUGUUAAAACCUGGUCCGAUUAGUCUUGAUACUCUAUUUCAAAGUCAAGUCGCCACACCAUCUACUACAGCAUCUAUUUCUCCCCGCAUUGCACCAAGUGAAGGAAUACGGAUCCUUCCUGGAAUGCUCACUGAAGAGGAGGUUUUACAAACUUUAGGAGCCAAGCCUCCUUUAAAACCUGAACUAAAGGAACGAAAUUCUGAAGACGAAGCCGCUAUGUUUAAAAUAUAUGCAGCUUUAAAGAAAGGCCCCUCGACUUCGGAUUUACCAAGUCAGCUGUCACAUAAUGUGCCCAUAUCUUCUUCACAUCAGUCUGUACAAUUUCAACAUUCAGCGAUUACAAAUUCAGGAUUACCUUUCAAUGAUCCUUCUAUAAUCAGUGCUCAAAAACCAACCACUAUUAACAAAACUAAUAUAUCAACACAAAAGGUUGAUAUGUCUAAUCGACAUCUUGGUAUUUCUGAGUUAGCUCCAAAUGAUCCUGUUAAGAAGGUCAAUAUGCUUUUUGGAGGAAAUGUUCCAACUUCUGUUUAUCGUCAAUUGAGUUCAAGGUCAGAUAAUAGUUCCAGAGAAUCAUCUACUGCUUCUUCACCGGCUUUGAAAUUCAAUCCCAAACCAAAUAUUUCGAACUUUCCACACUCGCCACAAUCUUCGGCAAUUGUUCCUGAUCUUCACGCAUCGGUUUAUAAAACAUCUUCCCCUCGUUCUCCUAUCAUUUCUCAAAGUCAAAACCCUUCACAAUAUCAUAAUAUAGUUCCACCUUAUUCCAAUGGACAAAAUAAUCCUCAACAUUCUCAUCAUCGACAAGAAUUUCCUCUUCCUGUCGGUCGCAACAUACCCGUGGAUCAAUUGUUUAAUAUGAUACCACAACCUCCACGUAAUGUUCCUCAACAAAUUCACCCCCAAUUCCAACAGCCUCCAAUGACAUCUUCCAUGCCCCCUCAAAUACCAUUUGGUUAUCAACAUGAUCGUUAUCCACAGCAACUUCAAUUUUCUGGACCUCCGCCAAUACCACCACAACAUAUUUCUGUACAUCAUCAUCCUGGAUUGUUACCUCCUGGUACGGAGGCUCUUUUCGCAAAUAUGCAUGGAUAUGCACAAUUUAUUCCAAACCUUGUAAACAAUGCAAUUGCACCACAUACCAUACCCGGUAUUCCAAAUAACACGAAUAUGCAGCAACGUGGGAUGAUGACUUUGGAGGAAAUUGAAAGGAGAGGAGGUCUUGGUGGCCGUUAG